AUGAUGUGGGUGUCGACUUUCUCGCGUCCAGACGUCUCGUUCGCCGUGCGUGCGGUAGCGCGCCACGCCCACGCCCCGGCGAAGCGGCACUGGGAUGCCAUACAGAAGAUCCUCGGCUACCUGAAAGGGACGAGGGACCUCGGCAUCACCUACCAACGGGGAUCGGGGUUAGGGCUGGCCGUGUACGUAGACGCUAGCUACGCCGACACGGAGGAUAGGCGUUCGGUGUCAGGGUUGGCGACGACGGUCGGAGGUACCAUAGUCAGCCAUGGUAGCAAGACGCAGAGCAUCGUGUCUUUGCCUUCGACGGAAGCCGAGUACAUUGCUGCCGGGGAGGGCGUCAAGGAGGCGUUGUUUAUGCGUGUUGUGUUUUCGUUUGUUGCCCCAGAGACCAGUGGUAGCAGCAUCCAGGUCUUUGAGGACAACCAGGGGGCCAUAGCGUUGGUGCAGAACCCUCACAGCUCAGGUNUGAUAAAUUUGCCGGAGUAG